CCAUAUUUUCGUAAUUUAAAAUAUUCAACAUCUGGGUCAUCAUCGUCUUCUUCCUCUUCUUUGAGACGAAUGAACCUCUUCUUCAUUUGCUGCAAUUGAUUUCUCCAACAGCAGAAUAGAGGAGAGCAAUUAGAGCUUGAGAUAGCUUUUUGCUUUUCUUAAUACAGUUGCCGAAAAGGGCACCAGCACCCGGUGAUCUCAGAUUUCAUCCUCCUGAUUUUAUCGAGUAUCUUUUUUUGUAUUGGUUAAACGAUCGGGUCCUGCUCAAGCAUUUGCAUAUUGCAGGGUGUACAAGUUUCUGAAAUUCAUAGGGAAAUUGCUGCACACUGAGUGUCCUUGCGAUUCAUGUUUGCAUUGAUGUGAGCUGGUGGUACUUUAACACAUACAAUUGAGUUACCAUGAAGCGAUAUGUAUACAUAAAUGAUGAAAAUCUAGCAAAAGAUAUCUACUGCGACAAUCGUAUAUCAAAUAGAAAGUAUACCAUCUGGAAUUUUCUCCCCAAAAAUCUAUGGGAACAAUUCAGCCGUUUUAUGAAUCAAUACUUUUUGUUGAUUGCCUGCCUUCAACUUUGGUCCCUCAUCACUCCUGUCAAUCCUGCAAGUACUUGGGGUCCCCUUAUAUUCAUAUUUGCAGUCUCAGCAAGUAAAGAAGCAUGGGAUGAUUACAAUAGAUAUCUCUUAGAUAAGAAAGCAAAUGAAAAAGAAGUUUGGAUUGUGAGGCAGGGUAUCAGAAAGCUUAUUCAAGCCCAAGAUAUUUGUAUCGGGAACAUAGUAUGGCUCCGUGAAAAUGAUGAAGUUCCUUGUGAUCUUGUGUUACUUGGCACAGCUGAUCCACAAGGGUUUUGCUAUGUGGAGACAGCAGCACUAGAUGGAGAAACUGACCUAAAGACACGGUCAAUACCUUCUGCUUGCAUGGGAAUAGAUGUUGAUUUGUUGCACAAAAUCAAGGGUGUGAUUGAGUGUCCCAGUCCAGAUAAGGAUAUUAGGAGGUUUGAUGCCAACAUGCGACUGUUUCCUCCAUUUCUUGAUAAUGAUGUUUUCCCCUUGACAAUUAAAAACACACUUCUUCAAUCAUGCUACUUAAGGAACACAGAAUGGGCAUGUGGAGUUGCUGUAUACACGGGCAAUCAAACCAAGCUGGGCAUGUGUAGGGGUAUACCUGAACCAAAGCUUACAGCUGUAGAUGCCAUGAUUGACAAAUUGACUGGAGCAAUAUUCGUUUUCCAGAUAGUUGUCGUCAUUGUUCUAGGCAUAGCUGGGAAUGUUUGGAAGGACACAGAAGGGAGGAAGCUAUGGUAUGUUCGAUAUCCAAAAGAAGGUCCUUGGUAUGAGCUUCUGGUCAUCCCCCUUCGAUUUGAACUACUUUGCUCCAUCAUGAUUCCUAUAUCCAUAAAGGUGUCCUUAGAUCUAGUUAAAAGCUUGUAUGCCAAAUUUAUAGAUUGGGAUGACCAGAUGGUUGAUCCAGAAACAGGGAUUCGGUCGAAUGCAACUAACACAGCAAUCAGUGAGGACUUGGGACAAGUUGAAUAUAUAUUGACAGAUAAGACAGGAACUCUUACUGAAAAUAAAAUGAUCUUUAAAAGAUGCUGCAUAAGUGGGAGAUUCUAUGGGAAUGAGAGUGGGGAUGCCUUGACAGAUGCCCAGCUGCUUAAUGAUGUAUCCACUGGGUCUGCUGAUGUCAUUAAAUUUCUCAAAGUUAUGGCCAUAUGCAAUACUGUAAUUCCUGUACGAAGCAAAAGUGGAACAAUUUCAUACAAGGCACUAUCCCAAGAUGAAGAAGCCCUUGUAUGUGCUGCUUCCCGUUUGCGCAUGAUUUUUGAGAAUAAAAAUGGGAAUAUUCUUGAUAUCAAAUUCAAUGCAUCUCCAUUGCGAUAUGAAGUGCUAGACACUCUGGAGUUCACAUCUGACAGGAAAAGAAUGUCAGUGGUGGUUAGGGACUGCCAAAGUGGAGAAAUCUUUCUCUUGUCAAAAGGAGCGGAUGAAACUAUUCUUCCUCUUACCUAUACUGGGCAACAGGUUAGAACUUUUGCUGAAGCUGUAGAACAGUAUGCUCAAAUGGGUCUGAGAACAUUGUGCCUUGCUUGGCGCAAAUUAGAUGAGGGAGAAUAUCAGGAAUGGGCCUCUAUGUUUAAAGAGGCUAAUAGUACUCUAGUUGAUAGAGAGUGGAGAGUAGCUGAAGUCUGCCAAAGAUUAGAGCAUGAUCUUGAGAUCCUUGGUGUAGCUGCCAUAGAGGAUCGUCUACAGGAGGGUGUUCCAGAGACAAUUGAAACUCUUAGGAAAGCUGGAAUAAAUUUUUGGAUGUUGACUGGGGACAAGAUGAACACAGCUAUACAAAUUGCUCUUUCCUGCAAUUUUGUGUCCCCAGAGCCUAAAGGCCAGCUUCUGAUUAUUGAUGGGAAAACUGAGGAUGAAGUAUGUAGGAGCUUGGAGCGAGUUUUGCUAACUACGAGAAUCACAGAGUCUGAACCCAAGGAUGUAGCUUUUGUUGUUGAUGGCUGGGCUCUUGAAAUUGCCCUCAAGCAUUACCGCAAAGCAUUCACAGAACUUGCGAUUUUGUCACGAACAGCUAUUUGCUGUCGUGUUACUCCAUCCCAGAAGGCUCAGCUGGUAGAACUUCUGAAGUUAUGUGAUUACAGAACUCUGGCCAUUGGGGAUGGUGGAAACGAUGUGAGGAUGAUCCAACAAGCUGACAUAGGGGUUGGCAUUAGUGGAAGAGAAGGACUGCAGGCAGCCAGGGCAGCUGAUUAUAGCAUCGGAAAAUUCAGAUUUUUGAAAAGACUGAUACUUGUGCAUGGACGCUAUUCAUACAACCGCACAGCAUUUCUUUCCCAAUAUUCCUUCUAUAAGUCGUUGUUGAUAUGUUUUAUCCAGAUCUUUUCCUCUUUCAUUUCAGGUGUCUCUGGAACCAGUCUAUUCAACUCGGUCAGCUUGAUGGCUUAUAAUGUGUUUUACACGAGUGUUCCGGUUCUGGUCAGUGUUCUCGACAAAGAUCUUAGUGAAAGAACUGUAAUGCAACAUCCCCAGAUACUAUUUUAUUGCCAAGCAGGAAGACUUCUUAACCCAAGCACAUUUGCUGGAUGGUUCGGGCGGUCUCUUUUCCAUGCAAUUGUUGUUUUCGUCAUCACCAUUCAUUCCUAUGCUUUUGAGAAAAGUGAGAUGGAGGAGGUAGCAAUGGUUGCACUGUCUGGAUGCAUUUGGUUGCAGGCAUUUGUCGUUGCAUUGGAGACCAAUUCUUUUACGAUUUUGCAACACCUGGCAAUAUGGGGCAAUCUUCUUGGUUUUUAUGUCAUCAACUGGAUUGUUAGCGCCAUCCCAGCAUCAGGAAUGUACACAAUAAUGUUUCGUUUGUGCAAGCAGCCGUCUUACUGGGUUACAAUGAUUCUUAUUGUAGCAACAGGAAUGGGGCCUGUUCUGGCACUGAAGUACUUGAGAUACACAUAUAGGUCGAGCAAAAUCAACAUACUCCAGCAGGCAGAGCGUUUGGGAGGGCCGAUCCUUUCGUUGGGAAUCAUAGAGCCUCAGUCAAGAUCCCCCUUGGACAAAGAUCUUGCUCCUCUCUCUAUAACACAACCAAAGAACCGCACUUCUGUAUAUGAACCUCUCUUGUCAGAAUCUCCUAGCGCCACAAGACGCUCUAUCGGACCCGCACAGAGAUUCGAUUAUUUCCAGUCACAGUCCCCACUCGCCUCUACUUAUACAAGAAAGGAUAACUGAGGCUGAGACAUAUACCAUGUUAGUUAGACUUAGGAGGCGCAUUACUCAAUUAUUUUAGUCCAUAUUUUUUUGAAAUUUCAUGGCUCACCUUUUUGGAUACAGCUUAGAGAUCAUUAUGAAUUGUAUAUUUAGUUAUUUAAAUAUAUUUCUCUAAAUUUAAAA